GGCCGGCUCCACUGCCCUCACGGACGACCUCAACAAAUACUUCCCACCCCGGCGCCACACGUCCACCUCACGCCACAUGGUACCCUCUCCAGCUCGGCAUUUGAAACGCGGGAUUCUCAAGAGACCGAACUUCAAUCUCUCACCGGCGUGUCCUCUACUCUCCCCCGUGUUCGAACCUUUAGGCUAUUGGAGACCUCGGGGGUUGAGUGCACAGGGGAAGAAAUAUGCAUAUUCCAUAUAUACUCAUACCUGGGUAGAGAAGCGAGAUACGGACCACGGAAGUGUACCGUACCGACGCCGGAACCAUUACCGCCCCCGCGAGAGGCCGAGCGGCGGCCAUGGAUUAGGGUCCCAGAGGCUUGCGAUGCACUAUCGACACAAGUCGUCACUGACGCGGCUCGAGCUCUACAUUCGCCAAGUCAACCAAGAUCUGGGAUCAAAUCAUCUCGAUUCGCUGACCGGUCAACACGAACUCGAGCUCGCCGGAAAGUGGGUCGCCUCGUGGAACUGUGGGUAUUAUUCGCGGGCGAAAGCACCGAAUACAUUGGGGCUGAACUACACCGAGGAGUGCCGAUCUUGAAGCCUGAAGAUUCGUUUCUGACGAUCUUUUCGACUGCUCGUCCCGGAGCCCCGUGUGGAAAAACGUAGGUGGAGUCUUCCCCGGACAAUAUAUUGCACGAACACGAGCACAUUAAUAUCUACGUUAUAGGGUUGCUGACAGACAGGCAGGAACAACCCGAGGAUAGAUUGCUU